CUCUCAUGUAUUGCUCUUAGCUGAGGCAAAGCUGCGCGUGCGGCGCGUCAGAGCAAUAGACCAGCCUCUACCAGGGAGCAAGGAGGAAGGAGAACGCGUUUACUCUACGGCCUGCUAGGAACUGACUGAGUCGUUUUGAGCCCAGCCGGGCACCGUCUAGCGCUCUCUCUCUCCCGCCUCAGAGAGCGGCGCUAGUGGCGGCAUUUUCCAGCCUGCGAGGCUGCUGCCGCUGGGGCCUGGGCUGGCUCGCCGCAAUGGCCGAGCAGGGGUUGGAGCUGGCCUCUAUGAUACCAGCCCUCAGGGAGCUGGGCAGUGCCAGUCCAGAGGAAUAUAAUACUGUUGUGCAGAAGCCAAGACAAAUUCUCUGCCAGUUCAUUGGCAGAAUACUUACAGAUGUAGAUGUUGUUGCUUUGGAACUUGUCAAGAAAAUUGAUUCUCAGCCAAGUUCUGUGAUGCUCCUUGAUUUUAUUCAACACAUCAUGAAAUCUUCCCCCCUUAUGUUUGUAAAUGUGAGUGAAAAUCACCAGGACACUGAGUGCAGUUGCAUUGAAUUUAGUAAUUGGAUUAUAACAAGGCUUCUGCGAAUUGCUGCAGCUCCAAACUGUCAUGUGUUACACAGGAACAUCUGUGACGUCAUCUGCUCUCUCCUGUUUCUUUUUAAAGCGAAAAGCUGUACUGUUUUUGAGGUGCUGACAAAAGAUUUACUGCAACUUUUCCAAGAUCUAAUUUUCUUGCAUGAAAGAAAUAUACAGAGGCAGCUUCAGAGGAACUUCUUAGUCUGGCCAGUGGUGGUAAACAGAUUUUUAAGCAACACAAAUGAAAAUCUAGGUUAUUUAAGCUCAGCCACGUUACAGUUGAUGGGCAUGCAUGAUGUGGAAUGCUUGGAAAUUACAUUAAUGACAGUUCUGAUUGACAUUGUUUCUGAUGUGUUUUUUGCAAGAGAGGACCUUAUUCUGUGGGGGAUAGGUUGUUCACUGUUGGAGUAUGGUAGACCAAAAAUUAAAGCUUUAGCCUUGAACCUUUUAAUAAAAUUGAUCCAAUUAGGAGGGCCACCAGAACAGCCUGCCGGCAUUUUCUUCACAGUCUUUUUUGGAAUCUUACAAUCAGUACUCCAAAUGGAUGUUGAAAAAUUAGAACUCUUUGGAGAACCACUUUUACGCUUGGUGAGGACAUUAUUUCCUUUUGAAGCAGAUUCUUAUGUAAAUAUUGAACCUGUCUACCUAAAUAUGCUGUUAGAGAAGCUUCGAGCACUGUUUGAAGCCGAUGUGCUUAGACAUCUUAAGUCUGAAAAGUUGAAAGCUGCUUUGUGUCACAUACUUCAGUACUUUCUGAAGUUUGUUCCAGCUGGAUAUGAAUCUGCUUUACAAGUAAGAAAGGCCCAUAUCUGCACCAUUUGCAGAAUUUUUGUUGAUGUCAUUGGAAGUCAAGAAGAACAAGAGUAUCUGGUGAGUCCACUUUAUGCAGCAUUAAAAACAGAAGGUCUGGAAAUCAUUCAGGAGCUUCAGUGUCGGAACCAGCUGGAUACCUCUGAUACAGAUGGAUGGAGCAGCAGUAGUGAUGAAAUUCCAGAAAAAAAGCAACGACUAAGUCUAUCAAUAAAGCAUCCAAAGAAAUCAUCUGUGCCAGCAGCGCUUAGUCCCGUGAACAUGAAAAUAAAGAGCAUGCUGUGGAAUGCAAUAAACAAGAAAGCUGCCUCCUUAGUAUUUCUCCUGGAGCAAGAUGCUCUGACAUCAGACAUUCUUCCAAUUGUAGAAGGAAUUGCAGUAGUACUACGACUAGCUGCCCUGUGUACAGUUCAUUGUUCUCAAAAUUCUAACAGCAUGGAUCAUAAAGUUGCUCAGGGCUUAAGCAGUCAUAAACGUAAUGCUGCUUGGUCUUCAGAUUCUGAGGUGAAUGUACAACUGAUCUGGAUUUCUUCUGACUUUGUCAUGAGAGUAGUGACAGUUUGCAGGAACCUUCUAGAAUCUACUGCUCAGAAUGCUAACCUGGAGCCAGUGAUUGACAGAAUAGUGAAAAUCUUUGAUGCUUUAUUUUAUAUGCAAGGGAAGAACCAUCUGAAUGAUCAGAUUCUUGAAAAUGUAUGUGGAAUGUUAUCUCUGCCAUGGAUAUAUGGCCAUUCUGAUGACUCUUCUUUCAAGCUGUCUCCUUUCAGCUCAGAUCUUCUAGGUCUGAGCCAACAGAUUGCAAAUAGUUUCUCACCUCAAACUCAGUCACACUGUGUAUUCCUUCUGUCACUGUUCCCAAAAAACAUAUGUCUGGAUUGGAGAAAAUGUGUUUACCGUUGGGCACUACAGAGUCCCCAGGAAGUCAUCCGAGCAAGUUGUGUUAAAGGAUUCCCUGUCCUCCUGCACCAAUUAAGUGUGAAAUCCUACAGCAUAAUUCCCCAAACUUUCUUAGAUCAAAUCAAUGAUGAAUCUGAGUUAGUCAAGAAAGCUUGUGCCAGUAUUGCUGGGAAGUUAGCUUGCUGUCUUGCUGGAACAUUUAAUUUAACUCCUCAUUUAACAGAACCUGAUACUGAGCAUGUAACUUUUGAUAUUUUAUGUAGCAGUCUUACUGUGAUCUCUGCUCAUGAAAAUACAUGUUCAGUGAAAGCCUCAAUUUUCAAGCCAUUUUUUAAACUUCUUGAAAGCGAAGUACCUAGUUCAGUAAAGCUAGCGUUUAUAGAGAAUAUACCUCAUCUCUGCAAACAUCUGGACUUUAGAGAUGAUGAAUCGGAUGUAAAGAUUCUUGUUGGAGCUUUACUAAAUCUAAUGGAAGAUCCAGACAAAGAUGUAAGAGUGGCAUUCAGUGACAAUAUUAGGAACAUAUUGGCAUCCUUGGACUCCGAGGAAGGAUUCAUAAAAGAGCUUUUUGUUUCAAGAAUGAAAGAAGCCUAUACAAAUGCUAAAAUAUCUAGAAAUAAUGAGUUGAAGGAUACAUUAAUUCUAACAACAGGGGAUAUUGGAAGGGCAGCGAAAGGGGACUUGGUGCCAUUUGCGCUCUUGCAUUUGUUACAUUGUUUGUUGUCAAAGUCAUCAUCCGUGGCUGGAGCAGCAUAUACAGAAAUCAGAGCACUGGCUGCAGCCAAGUCUAUAAAACUGCAAGCCCUUUUCAGUCAGUACAAGAAGCCUAUCUGUCAGUUUCUAGUGGAAUCCCUGCACUCGAGCCAGAUGGCAGUACUUUCUAACACCCCAUGCCAGAGUAAUGAGCUACAAAAACAAGAGGCUGCUCAUCAGAGAAGGAUGGCCCUGGACAUGUUAUCUGAAAUUGCCAAUGUAUUUGAUUUCCCAGACCUCAACCGCUUUCUGUCUCGAACUCUGCAAGUUCUACUGCCUGACCUCGCUGCCAAGGCCAGUCCCGCAGCAUCUGCACUUAUUCGAACCAUAGCAAAACAGCUGAAUGUAAACCGAAGAGAAAUCCUAAUCAACAACUUCAAAUACAUCUUCUCCCACUUGGUCUGUUCCUGUUCUAAGGAUGAGCUAGAGCGAGCACUUCACUACCUCAAGAAUGAAACGGAAAUAGAACUGGGCAGCUUGUUGAGACAAGACUACCAGGGAUUGCAUAAUGAAUUAUUGCUACGUAUAGGAGAGCAUUAUCAGCAGGUCUUCAAUGGUUUGUCAAUAUUGGCUUCAUUUGCAUCAAAUGAUGAUCUAUAUCAGGGACCCAGAGACAUAACAUCACCUGAGCUAAUGGCUGAUUAUCUGCAACCUAAAUUGCUGGGUAUCUUGGCCUUCUUUAACAUGCAGUUACUGAGCUCCAGUGUUGGCAUUGAAGAUAAGAAAAUGGCCUUGAACAGUUUGAUGUCUUUAAUGAAGCUUAUGGGUUCCAAACAUAUCAGUUCAGUGAGAGUGAAGAUGAUGACUACACUGAGAACAGGCUUAAGAUACAAGGAUGACUUUCCAGAGUUAUGCUGCAGAUCGUGGGACUGUUUUGUUCGAUGCCUGGAUCAUGCUUACCUUGGCUCCCUACUCAGUCAUGUGAUAGUAGCUUUGUUGCCCCUCAUACAUGUCCAGCCAAAAGAAACUGCCGCAAUAUUUUAUUUUCUCAUAGUUGAGAACAGAGAUGCAGUACAAGACUUUCUUCACGAAAUAUAUUUUCUGCCUGACCAUCCUGAACUGAAAGAAAUUCAAAUAGUACUUCAGGAAUAUAGAAAGGAGUCCUCCAAAAGCACUGACCUGCAGACAACACUUCAGCUAUCCAUGAAAGCUAUUCAGCAUGAGAAUGUAGAUGUUCGUAUCCACGCACUGACCAGUCUGAAGGAAACCUUGUAUAGAAAUCAGGAAAAAUUGAUAAAAUAUGCAACAGACAGUGAAACUGUGGAGCCAGUCAUCUCCCAGUUGGUAACUGUGCUUUUAAUUGGCUGUCAGGAUGCAAACCCUCAUGCCCGACUGCUAUGUGGAGAAUGUUUAGGUGAGCUGGGAGCCAUAGAUCCAGGUAGACUGGACUUUUCAACAAGUGAAACCCAAGGAAACAAUUUUACAUUUGUGGCUGGAGUGGAGGAUCCAAAUUUUGGCCAUGGAUUAUUAAUGGAACUAACCAGAGCAUUCAUGGCUUAUGCUGAUAAUGUCCGUGCUCAAGAUUCUGCAGCGUAUGCCAUUCAGGAAUUACUAUCCAUCUAUGACUGUAGAGCGACAAACACUGACUGUCCAGGCUCCAGGCUUUGGAGGAGGUUUCCUGAGCAUGUUCAGGAAAUACUGGAGCCUCACUUAAAUACACGAUACAAGAGUUACCAGAAGGCUGUAAACUGGUCUAAGAUGAAGAAGCCAAUUUACUUAAGCAAAUUAGGCAACAAUUUUGCAGAAUGGUCAGCAACUUGGGCAGGUUAUCUUAUAACAAAGGUGCGACAUGAUCUUGCCAGCAAAGUUUUCAGCUGCUGCAGUAUUAUGAUGAAGAAUGACUUCAAAGUGACGAUCUACCUUCUUCCACACAUUCUUGUCUAUGUUUUAUUGGGAUGCAAUCAGGAGGACCAACAGGAGGUGUAUGCAGAGAUCAUGGCUGUUCUCAAACACGAUGACCUGUGUACUAGAAGACUGCAGGAUAGUGCAUCAGAUCUGAGUCAACUAAGUACACAGACAGUGUUUUCCAUGCUUGAUCAUCUAACACAGUGGGCGAGACAUAAAUUCCAGAUGCUUAUUGCUGAGAAAACUGUUAGUAAGUCAAGCAAAGACAGAGGGGAUCUGAAAGCUUCAAGUGAGGAUUAUGCAGAAUAUCAAAGUGUGACACGUUUUCUAGACCUCAUACCUCAGGAUACGUUGGCUGCUGCUUCCUUUCGCUCUAAAGCAUACACAAGGGCUGUAAUGCACUUUGAAUCAUUCAUCACAGAAAAGAAACAAAAUAUUCAGGAGCAUCUUGGAUUUUUGCAGAAAUUAUAUGCUGCUAUGCAUGAGCCAGAUGGAGUAGCUGGGGUCAGCGCAAUUCGGAAAGCAGAGCCAUCUCUCAAAGAACAAAUCCUUGAACACGAAAGCAUUGGUUUGCUGAGAGAUGCCACAGCUUGUUAUGACAGGGCUAUUCAGCUGGAAUCUGACCAGAUCAUUCAUUAUCAUGGUGUAGUGAAGUCCAUGUUAGGUCUUGGUCAGUUAUCUACUGUAAUCACUCAGGUGAAUGGAGUGCUUGCCAACAGGCCGGAGUGGACAUCUGAAUUGAAUACAUAUAGAGUGGAGGCAGCCUGGAAACUAACACACUGGGAUUUAUUGGAAAAUUAUUUGGCUGCAGAUGUGAAGUCCAGUACUUGGAGUGUCAGACUGGGACAAUUGUUAUUAUCAGCCAAAAAGAAAAACACAGCAGCUUUUUAUAAGACACUGAAAGUUGUUCGAGCAGAGCAGAUUGUACCCCUCUCAGCAGCAAGCUUUGAAAGAGGGUCCUAUCAGCGAGGAUAUGAACACAUUAUCAGGUUACAUAUGCUGUGUGAACUGGAACACAGUAUUAUACCACUGUUUCAGCAAAUGGAUGGUGACCAUGGUAAAGAUUCUCUGAACUGGAUUGCUCGUAUAGAAAUGACACAGAACUCCUAUAGAGCAAAAGAACCCAUCUUAGCACUCAGAAGGGCUUUGCUUAGCCUCAAUAAAAGACAGGAUUACAGUGAACUAGUUGGAGAAUGUUGGCUCCAGAGUGCCAGAGUUGCAAGAAAAGCUGGUCAUCACCAAACUGCAUACAAUGCUCUUCUGAAUGCUGGGGAAUCCACGCUAUCUGAACUAUAUAUAGAAAGAGCAAAGUGGCUGUGGUCCAAGGGUGAGGUGCACCAGGCUCUCAUUGUUCUUCAGAAGGGAGUUGAAUUAUGUUUUCCUGAGAAUAAAGCAGCAUCUGACACCAAAAGUCAGCUAAUCCAUGGUCGGGCUAUGUUGCUGGUUGGCAGAUUUAUGGAAGAAACUGCCAACUUUGAAAGUAAUGCAGUUAUGAAAAAAUACAAGGAUGUUACUUUUUUCUUGCCAGAAUGGGAGGAUGGACACUUUUACCUUGCUAAAUACUACGAUAAACUGAUGCCUAUGGUAACUGACAACAAGAUGGAAAAGCAGGGAGAUCUGAUUAGAUAUAUAGUUCAUCAUUUUGGAAGGUCUUUACAGUAUGGUAACCAAUUCAUCUAUCAGUCAAUGCCAAGAAUGUUAUCUCUGUGGCUUGACUUUGGAGCAAAAGCAUAUGAAUGUGAAAAAGUUGGUCGUCCUGAUCGUGUACAGAUGAGAAAUGAUUUAGCUAAAAUAAAUAAGGUGAUUACAGAUCACACAGAUCAGUUGGCACCUUAUCAAUUUUUGACAGCAUUCUCUCAAUUAAUCUCCCGAAUCUGCCACUCUCAUGAGGAAGUCUUUGUUGUUCUGAUGGAGAUUGUUGCCAAAGUGUUUCUAACCUAUCCUCAACAAGCAAUGUGGAUGGUGACAGCUGUAUCCAAGUCCUCUUACCCAAUGCGUGUGAACAGAUGCAAGGAAAUCCUAAACAAAGCUAUUCAUAUGAAGGCAUCUUUAGGAAAAUUUAUUGGAGAUGCAACACGUCUGACAGAUAAACUACUAGAGCUAUGCAACAAACCGGUUGAUGGGAACAACUCAACAUUAAGCAUGAGUGUUCAUUUCAAAACACUUAAAAAGCUAGUAGAAGAGCAGACAUUUAGUGAGAUCCUCAUUCCUUUACAGUCUGUAAUGAUACCCACUCUUCCAUCAAUUCCUGGCACACAUUCUAACCAUGACCCUUUUCCUGGACGCUGGGCCUACAUUGCGGGCUUUGAUGAUACGGUGGAAAUCCUUGCAUCUCUUCAAAAACCAAAAAAGAUUACUUUAAAAGGUUCAGAUGGAAAAGCCUAUAUUAUGAUGUGUAAACCAAAAGAUGACCUAAGAAAAGACUGCCGACUCAUGGAGUUUAAUUCCUUGAUUAAUAAGUGCUUAAGAAAGGAUGCCGAGUCACGUAGGCGAGAACUCCAUAUUCGAACCUAUGCAGUUAUUCCACUAAAUGAUGAAUGUGGGAUAAUUGAAUGGGUGAACAACACGGCUGGCCUAAGAAAUAUCCUGAUCAAACUGUACAAGGAGAAGGGAGUCUAUAUGACUGGAAAGGAGCUACGUCAACACAUGCUUCCAAAGUCAGCACCUUUAACUGAAAAGCUGAAAAUGUUCAAAGAAACUCUUCUGCCCCGACAUCCUCCUAUUUUUUAUGAAUGGUUUCUGAGAACAUUCCCUGAUCCUACUUUAUGGUACAGUAGCAGAUCAGCCUAUUGUCGUUCCACAGCAGUGAUGUCAAUGGUUGGUUACAUACUGGGUUUGGGAGACCGCCAUGGUGAAAAUAUUCUUUUUGAUUCUUUGACUGGUGAAUGUGUGCAUGUGGACUUCAACUGUUUGUUCAAUAAGGGGGAAACUUUUGAAGUUCCAGAAAUUGUACCUUUUCGCCUCACUCAUAAUAUGGUCAAUGGAAUGGGUCCAAUGGGGACAGAAGGUCUCUUCCGAAGAGCUUGUGAAGUCACAAUGAGGCUAAUGCGUGAUCAAAGAGAACCUCUAAUGAGUGUCUUGAAGACUUUUAUCCAUGAUCCCCUUGUAGAGUGGAGUAAACCAGUGAAAGGUCAUACAAAAGCACAGGUGAAUGAGACUGGUGAAGUUGUCAAUGAAAAGGCCAAGACUCAUGUCCUUGACAUAGAACAGCGGCUACAGGGUGUGAUUAAGACUAGGAACCGGGUAAAAGGAUUGCCCUUGUCUAUUGAAGGGCAUGUUCAUUACCUUAUUCAAGAAGCAAACGAUGAGAACCUGCUCUGCCAGAUGUACAUGGGCUGGGCCCCAUAUAUGUGAAAUACUGCCUUCAAAACUUAUGCUGCUGUAAUAUUUUUUUUAAAGAAAAUGUUGUUGAAUUCUUUUAGUCACUGUACUAUUUUCUAGAAUUACUACUUUUCUUGAUUUCUGAUUUUGUGCAUAUCUACAUUACAACUUAAUAUGCAGCCUAUGUAAUAUAUACUAUAUAGUUGUAGUACAUAUGCUGUGUAUAUUGUAUACAUAUAUAAAUACACUCAUUGCAUUGUAUGAGUUUGAAGAUACAUACAUUUAUACAUAGAUAUUUGUAUUUAUGGAGACUGUUUUAUAUAUACAGAAUACAAUACAUGAACUAUUAAACAGAAUAUACAGUCAUCUCAA